AUGGGCCUUCUCGAGAAACUUCUGAGUCACUUGAUCAGCUAUCCGCUCACAGCCUUGAUCACCGCCUCGACCUUAUUCAUCCUCCUCCGCUAUAUCUAUCGAUAUAUCUUCCACCCCCUCGCACAUAUCCCAGGACCUCUCCUCCCAAAAAUCACCUCUCUCUGGUUACACUACCAUGCAUACAUCGGGGACGAAGCAACUACCAUUCAUAAACUCCACCAACGAUAUGGACCAUUAGUCCGCGUCUCUCCAUCCGAAGUCGAUAUCGCAGAUGCAGAUGCCAUCGCACCUAUAUACAUAUCCAAAGGCGGAUUUCCCAAAGCUCCAUGCUAUGCCAAUUUCGACGUCGAUGGACAUAAGACCUUAUUUUCGACCACAGAUGGCGAUUUUAGAGCUCCUAGAGCAAAGGCUGUGAUGCCCUUGUUUUCCACCAAGAGUAUUAGAGAUAAUGAAACCGCGUUAUAUGGUUGUGUGGAAAAUAUGGUGAGGAGGAUGAAGGAAGAAGCUGGAGGGGCUGAACCAGUGGAUUGUCUUAAUCUGGCUCGGAGUUUGGCUUUGGAUGCUAUUUCCACACAUCUUUUUCUAGAAAACUAUAAUGGCACUUCGGAAAAAGGAGAACGACUUUCGGCGUCGGCUUUUGUGGAUGCUUUUGUGGCCGUGGGAAGAUUCUUUUACUUGCCUAACACGGUUUUUAUUUGGUUAUCGUGGUUCAUGGAACAAUUUCUUCUAGAUUCACAUACUGCAAAUUCCAUAAAGUUGGUAGAUAAGUUUGUAGACAAUCUCGUCGAAUCUACCCCCAAGGAAAGUCAGAAUUAUCCAGGUCGGUUACUAAAUAUGGGCUUCAGCAAGUCCGAAGUCAAGUCUUCAUGCAAAGAUCUUAUGUUUGCGGGAACAGAUUCUACGGGUAUGAACCUAGCAACUAUCUUUCGACAUUUAGUGCUGUGUCCAGACAAGUAUGAACUUCUCCGUACAGAAAUCAUGGACAAUGUGACGUCUGCGAAUAAACAAGAAAUCCAAGCUCUACCAUACCUCUCCGCCGUCGUCAAAGAAGGCCUCCGCAUCAGCAUGGCCAACCCGACCCGUCUACCCCACGUGGUCCCAGCCGGUGGAUGGACAUUCCACUCCACCUUCUUCCCCGCCCAUUCCAUCGUGGGCUGUUCAGCCCACGAGCUCCAUUUCAACGCGCAAGUAUUUCCCCAUCCACAUAAUUUCCAGCCCGAAAGAUGGCUUGAGGGCAAUAUCACGCCGGAAGCACAUAAACAUUGGUUUGCUUUUGGCGCAGGUAGUCGAGCGUGUAUUGCGCGGAAUUUGGCGACGGUGGAACUUUUGAUGGCGGUGGAGAAGGUGGUGGAAAGUGAUGUUUUGAGGGGGGGCGAGGGUUUGUAG